ACCAGACAAUCAAUCAACAUCACAAGCGUAAUGAUAAAAUGGAGUCUCAUUUCUGUGAGCAGUUUGUACACAAAAUCUAAUUAGUUUCUUGUAUAUAAGCAGUAUUAAAUAUAACGAUAAGUAACGCGAAGUCGAAUCAAAUGUAAUUAAGGCCAUUAAAUAGUUCGGAAAAGUGUAGAAACAGUGAAAACAAGUGUAAAUCGAAUAUUGGUAGUUGCAGUAGUGCCUGAACUGAUACACAUAAUCAACGGUGUUCAUGAGAUGCUGUAGUGAGAUGAGCAAUAAAGACGAAGCGAAGAUAUGUGCCGCUUAAAGCGAUGGACUCUUACGACUUGUUCGGGGAAGAUGGUACCGGAAUGUUGGAAGGCCUGCCAGAACUCGGUGGUGGUACUGGGGGAGGAGGUGCUGGGGGUAGUGGUUUUGAUCCGGCGCCGGUGACUGGCGCACCAAGGAAUGCUACCAACCCCUAUCCUACAGCUCAACAGCAACAGCCGAUAUAUUCACAAGAGACGCCCCUACAGAAAUUGGCGACUUUCGGUGGACCGGAUUUCAAUCAUAUGGAUCCAAACGCCCAGAGCAUGUAUGCUCAAGGAUAUGGUACUGAUAGACCUAUGGGGCCGCCUCCGGGAGCGGCAUAUCAACACCAACGUCAAAUGGCAGUAAGGCCGCCUAGUGGAGCAUCAUCUGCUCAGUAUCCCUAUCAGACUGACAAUAUGUACUCUAUGCCAGAUGUGCAGGUAGGCGCUAUGGGUGACACUAGCAACAUGCAAGCAGCUGCGGCCGCGGGUUGGAGUCACAACGCAGCAGCGGCCGCUGCUGGUUAUCCAAGCAUGCAUAGGUAUAGUCAGAUGAGUCAGUAUAGGCAGCAAUCAAUGACAGGUUACCCUCACCAACAAGAACCGAAACAGCAAUUUCCUACUGGCGGCCAACAUCCAAUGAUGCAACAACCACAUCAAACCUCGUAUCAAAUGCAACAAAGACACACGCCACAUUAUCCGCAAGCUGCAUCAGGAUAUCCUACAUCAGCAGCAAGUCAAAGCUAUGCCGGAUAUAUGCACCAGCGAUUACCACAUCAUCACCAAUACCCACAACCACACCACCAAAUGGAUAUGACGUCUGUUUCGCAAACUCAGCAAUAUGCUCAGAUGAGUCAUAAUCAAAGUUUGUCGCAUGCAACACCAACUGCGGGCCAUAUGGGACAGACACCUCAUUCAGUAGGUCAUUCACCAGCACAGACUCAUCCUUCACCACAACAAUCACAGCCAUCUAAUCCUAUGGCGCAUCCUCCUAAUAUAGGAUACAAUCAAAGCCACCAAAGUAUGCAAUCCAUGCAGAGAGCAAUGGAAGUACCACCUAGCCAACAACAAUUCCAAUCAAAGCAUUCUGCUGGUCCGAUGGGUAAUGUAAGUCCUCAGUAUCGAGCACCAUUUCCUCAAUUGUCUCCUCAGAUGUCACCUAGGUCACAAAUGUCACCAAGACCUACGCCCACAUCUCAAAUGUCGCCGCGACCAAGUAUGUCACCGGCGAAACCGAAUAUGUCUCCACAUCCAACUCCAAUGCAACAAACUACUCUGAGUCCUAGGCCUGCAGCUAACAUAGCACCAAAGGUUUCAGCACCAUCUCCUGCGCCAAUACCAGCAUAUUCACAACAAAGUACUCUACAAGCUCUCGAACAGAUGGUGAUGCCACCUUCUAGUACAAAUUCAUCUGAAUAUCCUACUUAUCAAUCGAGAGCUUCGUUAGGACCUCCCCAAAGUUCUCAAAACCCUCUAAGCCCUGCAAUGGGAAUGAGAAAUCCCUUAAAUGAACAGCAGUGGCCUCCAGUACAGUCUCGACAAGUUACACAUUUGUCUAGUUUAAAUGGUUCGUUAAAUAUGAUGGAUCAAAAUCCAGUACCGACCAGCCAAUCAAUUCCUCCUUCUCAGUCUUUACCGCCUUCUAGUUUGCCAAAUACCCAAAUGCCACCAGCACCCAAUAUCAAUGUAAGUUUCGGCAAUGAUGAAAUUAGGAGUGAUAUUAAUAAUAGUAAUAGUACGAAUUUAAUGGAAAUGACAAUUAGAGAAAAGGAAUCAUCAGUAUCACAAAGCAUUCCUGUUAGUAGUCAAAAUGAAUUUACCUCCGUACAAUCACCCACUACAAGUAUACCUGACAAAAUGCCUAGUAGUACGACAAACACUGAAGUUAAUGUACCUACAUCAGUACCUUCUGUUCCGUCUCAUCCGCCAACACCUACUCCUACAUCAACUACAGAUGACAAUAUAACCAACACUCAAGAUACUAGUCUUCCCUCUAAUAGCGAAUCUGUUAAACAAAUUGAUGAAUCGAGUAAUACCAGUUCAACUUCACAGCAACAAACUCCAAGUCAAAGUAGUCAAAAUAAUUUUACAGAUUUUAACUGCGUCUCGAGUAUGACGGGUUAUCCUAGUCAACCUGGUACUCCAAAAAGUAAUAAAAUGGACGACUUGGUACAAUCGAAUGCAUCUAUAUUUAGUCAAGAUAACUCAGUAUCUCAAGAAUCUUUACCAGAAUCUAAUAAGUCUGAUCAUAGUUCGAUUCAUUCUCCAAGACUGCAAUCGCCUAUCUCAAAUAGUCAGAGUUCAAUGCCUCUGCCAUCUAGUGCCGUAUGUAAUCAAAGAGAUAGUCGGACACCAAUGUAUAGUGUUAAUUAUAAUGUUUCAACCCCAUCGCCAACACAAUCACAUUCUUCAAUACAGACUACUAACAAAGAAUCAUCCACCACCAUGCCAAGUGUCCAUUCAAAUCAAAUGAUUACUUCGCAGGUACUACCGAAAAUUUCUCAGCAUCUUAGUAGCAUACAAAAUCAGAAUCAACAACAAUCUCCUAGUAACAACACACAGAAUCAAGUGAAUAUAACUGAACAGAGUGUUUCUAGUAACAAUAAUAGUUUAUCUAGUCCACCCCCAGUUAGUGGUUCGAUCCAAAAUAAUCAAAAUAACUUACCUAGUAUUUUUACUUCAAAUAGCAUGAUUCGUACAGAUAGUCCUAUUCCAGCACAAAACGGAUCUUUACAAAAUGUCGGACAACAAAUUCCACCUGAAACUGAGAAUAAUAUUGCUGUUAAUACACCUUCAAGUACACCUAGCCAAAAUCCAUCGAAUACUCCAGUUAUGUUGAGUCAAAGUAUACCUAAUAUAGGAAAUCAACCUAAUAUUCCUAUACCGAAUCAGAAUCCACCGAUUAGUGUUCAAAGUAACCCCAUAUCAAUUUCAAUACCUGGCAAUUUACCAACAGCACCAGGUCAAAAUACCAUGCAACUUCAGAAUAACACAAAUCAAUUAUCGAAUCAAAAUAUGUCUGCACCGACCAGUGUCGCUAAUCAAAAUACUGUUCAAUGUAUCCAGUCUCCUUCGCCAGUGCAGUCGAAUAUGCCUAUGAUGGUAGGUUCACAAAGAAUUCAGACACCGCCGUCUACGCCUAUGUCACAACAUCCUCAGAUACCUCAUCAAAUGGCAAAUGCAAAUAUACCUCAGCAUCCGAAUGUGGCUAAUAUACCAUCAAAUAAUAAACCUGGUAUGUUUGAUCAAACCAAUCAAAUGAUGAAUCCAAUUGGUGCGGCAAACCGAGGUAUACCUCCGAGAAUUACGCCACAUGGUAUGCCAAUGUCUCAUUCCGGAAUGCCUAUGGGAAUGACAGGAAUGAUGAGUAGUAUGGGAGGUAUGAUGCCUGGACAAGACAUUCCCGGUUAUCAAACGCCAAUCAGUCAUCAUCAAGAACGGGCAGCGCUACAACAGCAGUUGCAAGAAAUGUACUGUAUGCCACCUGGACCAGAACAUCAAGAAAAAAUUACUUUUCUUCAAGAGAGAUUGAAUCUUCUUAGUCAACACGAAGCAAGUGAUCAAUGUAAUGGUGGUUCGCAAUGCAUUCUUCAAAGUCCUAUGUUCAAUUCACAAAUGAUAGAUAGCCCUCAGGUAUCAAGUACAACAGGCAGAGGCAGAGGAAAGGGUCCUCCAAAACCAAGAAAACCUCGAGUUAAAAAGGGAGAAAAACUUCUUGAACAAAAUCAAGUGGUUGUUCCCCCUGUAAAUACAGUAAUGCCCAUAAUAACACAGUCUCCUCAGCAAUUACCUGUAUCUGAAGACUUUGUCACACCUGGUGCAGGUUUAAGCAUUCCUUCCAACGAAAUGUCUGAAUUUACGGAUUUUGGAACAGAAAUUGAACCCGAAAAGAAAAAAAAAGGGAGAAAACCACGAUCAUCCAAUAAACCGAAAGAUAUGAAAGAUCCCAAGGAACCUAAACCACCGAAAUCUCCGAAGGAACCGAAGAUACCAAAGGAAAGAAAGAAAAGGGAAUCAAAAGAUCCUAAAGAACCUAGACUAAAACGCAAAUAUGUAAGAAAGAAAAAAACAGGUGAUUCAGAGGAAAGUGCCACUGACGAAUCUUUCAAUAAAUCAUCUGAAAGUAUCGAAGAAAUAUCUCCCUCAAAAACAUCUGAAGCAGAAGCAGAAGCUGCUGUUCCUUUUGAAUCUAAAUCAGACGAUCCAGAUUCCCAAACACUACCAGAGAGUUCGGUACCUUCAGAUACUACAACUACUGAAAAACCUGAAGAAAUGCAGGCUGAUUCACAAACACCCGCCGAAGGUAGUACGUCAAUUGAAAAUGAUGACAAAAAAGAUGAAUAUAAUUUUGAUGAUGAGCCAAGUCCAGAAUUAGUCGAAUUACCCAAACGAAGUAAAAAAGCAAAAUCGCAACAACCGCGAACAAAAUCAGUAGUAAGUAAAAGAUCUAAACGCAGCACAGGUACAGGCCGCAAACGUAGGGGCACUAUUGUUCCAGAAUCUGAUGGAGAAAAUGAGGAUAUGAUCUCAACUCCUCCGCCGUCACCGCCUGACGACGGUGAGAGCUCUUCCAAACGAAGAUCUGCCAGAAACACUCAGCGUAAAAAAUAUAUUGAUGACGUGAUGCUUAGAUUUUCUGAUGACGAUGCGCCUCCAACCCCAACUCGAAGUAGGAAACCUCCAGUACCUGCCACUCCUCCAAUAAUCACUGCACCGCCACCUCCCGUCGAAACGCCACCGCCACCUUCAGUAGCCGAAGACGGCAAUUCCAACACAGAUGCCAAAAAUCAAAUGAAUUAUGUAUAUGUUAAUCCAACAGAGGAGGAUUCUAUGGUUGUGCAGUAUGUUUUAAGUGCUAGAAUGACUAGGAGAAAGAAGAAAAAGGAAUCUCCAAUAGACGAAUCAAAGAAAGAGGUAAAAGUAGGUAAUACUGAAGAAGAGAAAAAAGAAUUCUCUGAUGAUGAGGAGGAUCAGCAAACUGCAUCACUAGAAAAUCACAAACCUGAAACGAAAGUAUCUAAUGAUGAUAAUGAUGAUGAGGAAAUGGAAGAUGUUGAGGAAUAUUUUGUCAAAUACAGAAAUUUUUCAUAUUUACAUUGUGAAUGGAAAACAGAAGAUGAACUUUAUAAAGGUGAUAGAAGGAUUGCCAAUAAGAUUAAAAGGUUCCGACAAAAGCAAGCGCAACAAAUGAAUAUAUUCGAAAAUUUAGAAGAAGAACCAUUUAAUCCUGAUUAUGUUGAAGUUGAUAGAGUAUUAGAUCUUUCUGAGCACACUGACUCAACAACUGGUGAAGUUGUGAAACAUUAUUUGGUUAAAUGGCGAGCUUUACAAUACGAAGACUGUACCUGGGAACUUGAAGAAGAUGUCGAUCCAAUUAAAAUUCAACAAUAUGAGAGAUUCAAUAAAAUUCCUCCAAAAGAUACUUGGAAAGUUAAAAAACGACCUACUCCAGACCAAUGGACAAAAUUAGAAAAAUCUCCCAUUUAUAAAGGUGGAAAUAGUUUACGUGAAUAUCAAUUGGAAGGUCUUAAUUGGCUACUCUUUUCUUGGUUUAACGGAAGAAAUUGUAUACUUGCAGAUGAAAUGGGUCUGGGUAAAACAAUUCAAAGCUUGACAUUUUUACAUGCAGUUGGCGAUUGGGGAGUGAGAGGACCUUUUUUGGUUAUUGCACCUUUAUCUACUAUACCCAAUUGGCAAAGAGAGAUUGAAAGCUGGACUGAUAUGAAUGUUAUAGUUUACCAUGGAUCGGCAACAAGUAGAAACAUGUUACAAGAAUAUGAAAUGUACCACAAAAAUGAAAAGGGACAGUUUAUUAAAGAAAUAACUAAAUUUAAUAUUUUAAUAACUACUUUUGAAAUCAUCGUUACGGAUUUUGCUGAUUUAAAAGGUUUUAAUUGGAGAAUAUGUGUCAUUGAUGAAGCUCAUAGGUUAAAAAAUAGGAAUUGCAAAUUAUUAGAAGGUUUACGACAGUUGACAUUGGAACAUAGAGUUUUACUUUCUGGUACACCACUACAAAACAACGUGAACGAGUUAUUUUCGUUAUUAAACUUCUUGGAACCAACACAGUUCAGUAAUAACGAGACUUUUAUUAGCGAAUUUGGACAAUUGAAAACUGAACAAGAAGUACAAAAAUUACAAAUUCUACUAAAACCCAUGAUGCUUAGACGGUUGAAGGAAGAUGUAGAAAAGUCGUUGGCUCCGAAAGAAGAAACUGUUGUUGAAGUAGAACUGACUAAUAUUCAGAAGAAAUAUUAUAGAGGAAUAUUGGAAAGAAAUUUUUCAUUUUUAUCCAAAGGUACUACCCAUGCAAACAUUCCAAAUCUUAUGAAUACUAUGAUGGAACUGAGAAAAUGCUGUAUACACCCGUAUUUAUUGAAUGGAGCAGAAGAACAGAUUCAGUAUGACUACAAAAAUCAAUGUGGAGAAGAUUCGGAUGCAUACUAUAAAGCACUAAUACAAUCUAGUGGUAAAAUGGUGCUUAUUGACAAAUUAUUACCGAAACUUAAAGCUAACGGGCACAGAGUCCUUAUUUUCAGUCAAAUGGUUAAAUGUCUUGAUAUAUUGGAAGACUAUUUGAUGUACAAAAAAUAUCCAUUCGAACGAAUUGACGGUAGAAUUAGAGGCAACUUACGUCAGGCAGCUAUUGAUAGAUUCUCCAGGCCAGAUUCAGACAGAUUUGUAUUUCUUCUAUGUACAAAAGCUGGUGGCUUAGGUAUAAAUCUAACAGCAGCGGACACUGUUAUUAUUUAUGAUAGUGAUUGGAAUCCGCAAAAUGAUUUACAGGCCCAAGCUAGAUGUCACCGUAUUGGUCAACAGAAAAUGGUAAAGAUAUAUAGAUUGUUAUGUAGAAACACCUAUGAAAGAGAAAUGUUUGACAAAGCUUCCCUAAAAUUAGGACUCGAUAAAGCCAUUCUACAAAGCAUGAAUACUUCCCAAGGCGGUAAAGAUGCCGGUAAUAGACAAUUGAGUAAAAAAGAAAUAGAAGAUUUAUUGAAGAAGGGUGCUUAUGGUGCAUUACUCGACGAAGACGAUGGAGAUAAAUUUUGUGAAGAAGAUAUUGAUGUUAUUCUUGCUAGAAGAACCCAAGUUAUUACAAUGGAGUCUGAAAAGGGAUCCACUUUUUCUAAAGCUAGUUUUGCAUCUAGUGCUAAUAGGUCAGAUAUAGCUAUCGACGAUCCAGAUUUCUGGAAUAAAUGGGCCAAAAAAGCAGAAAUUGAUACAACGGAAAAAGACGAAAAUGAAGAUUUAGUAAUAUCAGAACCUCGAAGAAGGACUCAAAUUAAACGAUAUGGACAUGACGAAAGUGCCAUAGAUAUGUCUGAAUUGGAAAGUUCAUCAGAUUCGGAUCCUGAAAACGAAGGUCUAGGUGGAUUGAGAACCAAAAAGAAAUUGAGGAAAAGAAAGUAUCGUCCAGACGAUUACAUUCCUAGGGAAGGAGAACCAAGAGGAGAUAUUGUAUACGGAAGUUGGGCGAGAAGAGAAUGUUUUAUGGUAGAGAGAGGUUUGCUUACGUUCGGAUGGGGUAGAUGGACUGAAAUUUUAGUACAUUCUCAGUUACGAAAGGGAUGGAAGGAAACAGACAUUGAAGACUGCGCUAGAGUAAUUUUAUUGUAUUGUCUGCGAUUUUACCGAGGCGAUGAGAAAAUUCGUAGUUUUAUUUGGGAUUUGAUAGCGCCAUCUGAAAAUGGCGAACAGAAAAUAUCUAAAAAUCAUCACGGCCUAAAAGAUCCUGUGCCUAGAGGUAUCAGAAACAAGCAUAAAAAGAAGGAUAAGGGAAUUUUAACCAAAGAUCUUAGACAUCCCGCUAUUACUGAUCCUAAUCAUUGGAGUAAACAUGAAAAGUAUGAUGGUGACAUAUUUUUGGAGAGCAAUUAUAAGAAGCAUUUGGGCAGGCAUGCCAACAAAGUGCUGCUUCGUGUAAGGAUGUUGUAUUAUAUCAAACACGAAAUAAUUGGCGAUUUAGUUCAGCAUAUUGCAGAUGGUGUGCAUGCAAGUGCCCUGCCGAUAUAUCCUCCUGUAACGGAGCAAUUACCUUGCGUGUGGUGGGAUGCUGAAUGCGACAAGUCUCUGCUCAUUGGCACUUGGAAGCACGGCUAUGAAAAUUAUACGGAGAUGCGUGCUGACCCCACCUUAUGCUUCCUGUCUCGUUGCGGACCGCCUUCCGACCGUGACCUUCAGAUGGCUACGAAUAACGCGCAACCCCCAACGCCCGCACUCAAUGAAGAUGACGUUGAAGACGACGAUACUAAUGAAGAAUCGAGUGUUAAAUUUAAAAAUAGAGAUCCUUCCGAAGCAAACUCGGAAAUCGCCGAACCGUCCCCUGGUCCUUCGGCAUCUUCGGAAACGCAACCUCUCGAUAGCGAAGAUAGAGGCGUGGAAGAAGGUGACGAUAAAAAUUGGCCAACAAUAACGGAUCUUAAUACGAGAUUAAGAAGAGUUAUUACAUCGUAUCAAAGAAAUUGUCGAAAGGAAGAACAGAAAUUAGCAGCUUCAAAGGCCAAGACCCCCCAGAUAGAUACUGCUCUCUCCUCUCCCCUGGCCGCUCUGGCGCAAGUAUCGCAGCAAUUCGAUCCGAGAGAUGCGGCUGCCCUUGGCCUCCAAGGAUGGGACCUACAGCAACUGGCCCUUUAUUUACUGCCUGUUGACUCUAUGGGGUCUGAUCUAAAUGGGCGGUAUAUUGAGAUGGAAAGACAAGGUAAACAAUCUUUAGAAGCAUUGCGCGAUCCAGUCAAGGAAAAAGAAAAAUUAACGAUUGGAAAACGAUGGUCGAAACGUGAAGAAGCAGAUUUCUUUAGGGUCGCAUCUUCGUAUGGUGUCAUAUAUUACAGGAAAAAGAAAUCUUACGAUUGGAUCAAAUUCAAACAACUGGCUAAAUUAGAAAAAAAGAGCGACGAGGAAUUAACUGAAUAUUAUAAACAUUUUGUAAUGAUGUGUAAAAAACAAACGGGUAUGAAUAUAGAAGAAAGCAAUUAUGACAAUACCAUAGAACAUAUAUCUGAAGAAAAGGCAAGAAGAACCUUGGAGAGAUUAGAAUUAUUGUCCCGAAUUAGAGAAGAAAUUUUGACACAUCCAAAACUAGACGAAAGGUUGAGAGUAUGUCUUACUUCAGCAGAUAUGCCAGAUUGGUGGAUUGCUGGUAAACAUGACAGGGACUUGUUAUUAGGUGUAGCGAAACACGGCCUAGGAAGGACUGACUACUACUUGUUAAAUGACCCAGAUCUAUCUUUUCAUGCAGUUCUUCGGAAAAAAGUUCGUACUGAUACGACAGACACUAAAGAUGCUAUUAAAUUAGAAAGUCACGAGGAUAUUUUGAAAUUUGAUAAAGAUGAGAUAUUGGUGAAACUAGAAAAGGGCGAAGGAACACUGAAAAUCGAAAAAGUGGCACAUAAAAAAGAGCCCGCUGAAAAGAAAAUGGAAGAAGACAAUAAAGUUAAUUUAACAAUAGUUAAGAGCGAGGUGAUUGAAAAAGAAACGCUUAAGGAAGAAGAAGAUAAAGAGGAGGAAGAAGAAACUAAGUGUGAAGUAAAAGAGGAAUUGAAGGAACCUGAGGUAAAAGCUGAAGAAGCAAAUGCGGAAAUUGAAGAUACUGAAAAAAAAGUAGAAGCCGAAACUGUUAGUGAGAAGGCGGAGAAAGAACCAGAGUCAGAAGAUCUUUCAAAAGCAAAAGAAGAAAAGAAAGACAACAAUGAAGAGUUGAAGAAAUUGGCAGAAGCUGAAGCAGAUUUAUGUUCAAAACAAGCAGCUGAGCUUAAAGCCAUGUUUCCAGACUUGGAGGUUAUUCAACCUCUUUCCAGGCUCUCCCAAGUUGACACUUUUGUGUUAAGAGAUAAACCGGCAGCGGGAGCUUUAGAUUUUAGUGAAACUACAGUUGCGCAACUUUUCAAUAACGCUGUGAAAUGGCCCAAAGAAUAUGCCAUACAAGUAAGAUUACAGCAUAUUAUCUACGCUGUAGAAACUAAAGAGUGGCCUGUUACAAAGAGCUUUUCUGCAUAUGCCACUGGCAUUGGCAAUGAAUUUGACAUUCCAAUCCAUGAAAUACCUAGUGAGCCCGUCAAAAGAGAAACUUCUACUCCAUUGUCUAUUGGUGAAACCGAAAUUAUAUCAGUUAAUGCAGCCGAUAGAUUUGGUGUCAAUAAAAAGCGUAAAAGGCAUAUAGCCAUAGAUGUGGAAACAGAAAGAGCAAAAUUACAUGCCUUGUUAAAUAGUAGUCAUGUGACUAACCCAUUACCCUCUAAACAUCAAUUGACAUGGGAAAAUGAAGACUCUGAAGAAUCUAGAAGAUCCACACCUGUUCCUCAAAGUAAUUUACAACCUCCUCCUGCCCAUCAACAGACGUCAAGGAUGAAUUUAUCUACAUUAAAAAUGCCAUAUGAUCUUCAGUAUCAUCCUCCUGUAGCUAAGACCAUUGGGCAGACCACGGUUAUUCCAGGAACUAGUAGUACUCUUACCCCCAUUGACUUGAGCUCAAGCAUUCCGAAACCACCUGAAAAGACAUCUAAUGUAGAUUUGCAAAGUGAAGUUCAAGAUUUUUCUGUUAAAAAGUCAUCCACGCCUAUAAGUACGUCCAAAACAGGCAACAAAUUGGACGAUACCCUUUCAAAAUUGAUGAAACGCAAGAAUUGUCCGGAACCCGAACCACUAGUUGGCAAGGAAAAGAAACGCAAGAAGCUUGAUGAAAUUGUACUAGGUCUUUCUGCUGCUAAAGAACAAUCCUUGUUUACGCCAGAGUCUUCUAAAAAGCAACAGGUUACUCCAAGCGUAACUGUUACUCCUACCUCAGCCCCCGUAAGCACCUCACAUAAUCCUACUCAAAAACCAUUCACCAUAACCGUUACUUCCGUUCCUUCCACAGCUCCCUCUAGUCGUAGCAGUUCUCUUUCUCAAAAUAUUCUACCUUCGUUACCUACCGGUGGUAAAGACAGUUUCUCUACUUUCCUGGCACAGGCUGAACAACAAAACAUGUUAUUAAAGAAGCAACAGCAGCAGCAACAGCAACAACAGAGAAAAAGUUACGAAGCUAUGAUAGCUGAUAUUGCAGGUAAAGAUUCCUUUUCGAGUUUCUUGGCACAAGCUGAAGAACAAAAUAUGUUGCUCAAGAAACAGCAAGAACAACAUCAACAACAGCAGAGGAAAAGUUACGAAGCAAUGAUUGCCGAUAUCGGCAAAGUAUCAGAUUUCAGUUCCAAAGUAAACUCUUACUCACACGAGGCAAAGGUGAAUAAAUGGUUAGCAGAACAAAAUGCUGCCUUAGCUGAACAACCAUUAUCUGCUGAUUAUCUAGCAGCAAGAAGAAGACGUCCAAGGGUAGAUCCAACUCUAUUAGACUGGAAAAAAUUAACAGGAGACGAAAAUGUUUCAGUUAUACAUAGAGUAACUGGCAAAAAAUUAACCGGACCAAAAGCUCCAACUCUGAAAAGAUUAGGACAAUGGCUGAUGGAAAAUCCAAUGUACGAUAUUGAUCCAAAGUGGUCAGAAUUAGUGAAAGAGAGAGGGAAUUUGAGUCAUGAUUUACAGAAGAGGUUGCCAGGUCAACCAAGUGGUAGUAGCAGUACCAGUUCAAGCAAAAGUAAAGGAAAUGUACCAGGUCGUCCACCUUUGUUAUCAAGUCCAACUGGUUCAACUUCUAGUGUUAGUUCUGCCAACCUAACAACUUCUCUACCAUCAAGCAUGUCCUUCCCAUCGUUAGGUACUUCAACUUUAGCCGGCCUUAAUUCCAAUCUACUUACCGGUCUGUCAGGAUUAGGACAAUUUGACCCGAAGACCAAUCCUCUGUUGAUGCCAUUUGCAGGAUUGCCUAAUAUGAAUGCUUUGGGAUCAAUGGGUGGUCUAAGUAACCUUACUAAUAUGAAUUUAUUUGCGAAUCUAGCCGGUUUGGGUUUACCUGGCUUAGGUAGUAUGGAUCCAUCGGCUUUAGCUGGUGCUGCAACUGAUACAUCGAAAAAUAUCUCAAAAUCUAGUACUAGUACUAGCAAAUCGAGUAAACCUCAAGAGGCUCACAGUUCCAGUAAAUCUCAGUCUAGUUCUAGUUUACCGACAACUAAUCCAUUUCCAUUUUUCUUUCCAAAUCCAAGUUUGUUGUAUACUCCUUUGGGAUUGGGGGGAUUGAAUCCAUUUACUCUACAACCAGGUAUGUCUGCAGCAUACGAUACGUUAGCACAACAAUGCGGAUUACUGAAUGGCAAUUUGAACCCCGCAGCUUCACCUAAUAGCAGCUCAAAAAUGAAUAAACUACCCACUUCAAGGCCGCCUUCUGCCACAACAACAACUUCUUCGGGUAGUUCAGGACAAGGUCGACCAAGAUCAUCUAGUAGAGACGUGCACCUUCAACAGUUACUCUUACCACCUGAUACUCAAAUCCUUGAAAGUAUUUCUAAAGCUGCAAACCUAGACAUCACUUUGAAACAAGGCAAAUCUGACAAAAAAGAAGACAAAAGAAAAGCUCUAGAAAAUCUACGAGGUAUGCUGCCAACUGAUUUCUCUAGUUCAGUGAAAGAGAAAAAGACUGCAUUACCAAAUUUAUCUGACUUCACGAAACUAUUAGAGGCUCAAGUAAGUCAGAACUCCAAAAAAUCUCAGGAGCAACAGAUGAAAGAGGCGUUAGAGCAUUUUAGUAGGACAAAUAUCGAGUUGGUAGCAAAAGCUAUGAGCGAGGAACAGAACAAAUAUAUGGCAACUGCAUCAUCAGUGUCACAUAAAAGGCCUAGAGUAUCUUCAGAAUCUUCUGAUAGAGCUCAUUCAAUAGAAACCGAGGUAGAGCAUCCUCCAGUAAAAAGAAUACGAGAUGCCUCCGACAAAUCAAGAACACCCACGCCUCUUCCGACUCCGCCUACCCCAACUUCGACACCAACUCCCUCCUCAACGCCCAGUGUCACCCCAACAAUGGCAAUACCAACACCAGUAGUCCCACCACCAGUUUCCAUUCCUUCGACGAUGUCUAAUGAUCAGGAAGGUGUAGAUAUAGAAGCGUUGUUACCACCCUCAACAGUUGUGAAGGCGUCUGCGAGUCCACAAAAGACAGAAAAGCCGGAUAAAUCACCGGAUUCUGGAAGAUCUGUUACUCCACAAGAACCAGAACUGUCUGGGUCUAAAGUUUCACCACUAGAAUCUCCUGAUAUUCCCAGUAAAGAAGACGAACAGUCGAAGGCCGAAACAUCCGAGGAAUCGGAAACGCCCCCUAAGAAAAACGCGAAACGUACCCGAGGCAAACGCAAAUCGGGUGAAGUUCCCAUCGAUCACGAAUCGGUGAUAGCGAAAAAGAAUUUACGUUCAAGUGCUAGUCGAUCUGCAGCCGCUGCGGCAGCCAGACAAAAGAUGGAAGCUGAAAACGCGCAACGGGAGAGUGAGAACAAUUCAUAAUUUAUUAUUUCUGUUUAUUGUUUAUUUUUGCGGAUUGGUUAGUGCUCGGAACUCAAUGACGCGUUUAUAAGUUGGAUCCUUUUAUUGAAAGUGGAAUUUUCAAAUCUUACAUUCUGCAUACUGAAAAUUUCACUUAUUAAUCCUUGAAUAGAUUAUGAGAAAUUACACAAUUAAUACUCCUGCCUAAUUACUUCGACAACAAUUUAAUUAUUGAUAUACUUUGAAGUUACAAAAAAUAUUAACCACUUUUGAAUAAUAUAUCUAAACUAGGAUCUGACUUAUACUUACUUAAUCGUCGAUUUGUUGUACAGUCGUGUGGGUAUUGGGUGAACUGUGAUACAACGUUAUAGAACACUUUUUAAAGUGAUUUUGUGGUGUAUAUUUGUCAUUAAAACUGAUGAUUGUUACAAUUACGCUUGAGAAAAAUAUAAUAUGUAUUCCCCAUUUUUAAUGAUUAACAAUAUUUAGGAUAUAAUUACUGAAAAAUCUAGUAGGCUUAACAAAUGACAACUAGUAUUGUUAUACAACUAUCUAAAACAGGAAAUGGUUUAAUAACGCCAAAUAUAUGGGACAUAACCAGAAUCAUUAUAUAAUGUAUUGUUUUCUUUUUUAAUUUUUUAAUGAUAAUCUUUAAACAAAGCUCUUAAACAGUUUUCAGAGUUUGUAUGGAGUUAGUAGUUAGUAUCGCGUUUGAAUUAGCCACUCGAGGCGGUGAUGUAGAAUGAGGUCUCUAAAAUGUCAUGUCACUGCUUUGAUUUUUGUCUUUUUUUAUCAAAACAUAACUCAUCACAACUUGUUCUAUGUUUUCUUAAGUGUCACUUUUACAUCACGAAGAAGUGAUUAAUUUUUAAACUCAGUAAGAGGUAACCCUCAUUUGAACUUAGUUAUAAUUGCCUAGAUGAGAGUUUUGUUGCCUUUUUUUCAUUAAAAAUUUUCGCAUUUCAGUUUUACUAUAUUUAAUAUAGAAAAAACUUAUAAGGCCUGAUGAUAGUUUAACGGCACUAAGAAAAUCUUUAAGAUUCAAAUUCAAGAAUUAAAAAAAUCCAGAUAAUGUGAAUUUCCAAUUCGUUAAUUUAUUUCAAGUUCAGUCCAAGUCAAAAUCCCAGUACCUUAAUCAAGUUACAAUUUCUUGCUUGAGCCGUUGUGAUAUUGAUACUUAACAUAACGCUUACUACCACUAAACCAACACUAGCACCUACAUUUUCUGGUCUUUCGAACCUUCCAUAGUCGUUGGUUCAUAUCCGGGUCAAAAGACCAGACAGUAUAAAUGUGAGAGUGUUGGUUUAGAGGUAGCACACAGUUUUCUUAGUGAACAGUAUUUUCAUUUAUUAUUAUUUUUAUUAUUUAAAAUUACUUUGUGGUUAUGUCUCAUGUUAAUUUGGUGCUUAUAAAUAAUUUAAAGUGUUGUAUUUGGAAUAAAAAGACUGCAAUGGCUGUAUUACAAUUGAGGAUGCACAAAAUGGUCGGUAUCUAACCUAAGAAAUGAGACCAUUUGAUUUUACUUAUUAUAGACAAGUUUAUUCUAACAACAAGGAUAUUUUUCUUCAAAACAUGGGAUUUUGAUUGAUAUUUUACAUUAUCUUAUAAAUCGAUACCUUAGAGCACAAAUUUGCUAUCUUCAAUUAAUGAAUAAAUCAAAAAUUGGUUCCAGAAUGGAAAAAGUUUUUUUGUAAUAUAUUUACAAAGAUUACAAAAUUACUGGAUAUCGAAAGAAAGUAUUAUCACUUCGAUAUUUCCAAAAGUGCUCUAGGGUAUUGACAUGUUCAAAUACAAAUGUUUAUAGUGUUGUUACUGCACUUAAUAUAAAAAAAAUAUGUCUCCCGCAACUUCAACCAUUCUUUAAAAUCGACUGAUGCAAAAAAGGAGGUAUCAAUAUCUUUCAAUAAAAGAACAAUAUGAUAUGACAAUAUAAGUAUUAAAUUUCUAUUAUUUUAAAUUUAUUGUCAGUUCUUUUAAGAUAUCGUAUGACGAGACGGAAAAAAAGACGAAGUUCUGACGCCACUUCACAUAUGUUAGUCGAUGUGUGGAAAAAUGUGGCUCCUUACUUGGAAAACAAGUAUAAUUCAUAGAACUGAUUUAUUUACAAUAAAUUUCUCACAAACAGGUAUGAUUCUCGAUUGAGUCAUCUCUAGUAACAAUGAAGUGAAAUUGAUCAAUAAAAAUAAUUAAACUGAUGGUUUCUUGUUUUUUCUAAAAUGAAUAAUUAAGUUUGUGCAGAUUUGAAACUAUUGUUACAUAAUUAUUAUUGAUAAUCAGAUACUUAUAAGUCUACAUUUAAUAGAAAUACCUGCACUAUUUUGACAAGCAGCCUCUAGUAGGUUGAGUUAUGUAACCAUUAAUUUAUUAUCAACUAAUGUGGUGUACAAUUAUUUUAGAUUGAGCGAUAUAUGGACACCUCACUCUAAUAAUGUGUUAUUAUAUAUAAAUAGAUGAACUGAAACAAAGUUCUUCAAUUAUUAAUAUAUUUCUCUUUAUUUAUCAUCGAGCAGAAUGUGUAUAAAUAUUUAACAAUAAAUUACUUUAUACCUCUACUAAACAGCUUUUUUGUCUUCCGUAAUUGUAUUGAAACGAUUCAAUUGUACUUUUUGUAUAUUUUCUUUUUGCUUAAUUUAUAAACUUAUUGCUUUAUAUACUUAUCUACUCGUAAUGAAGAAAAAUAUCUAGAUUUGAAAAUUUCUUAUCAAUAUAGGAUAUUAUUAGCACAAAACUCAGUCAUUGGGGCAUUUCUUUUUUUCCAAAAAAGAAAAAAUCUGAAAGUUCUCGCGACUCGAAUGUAUCGAGAAGACGCUUCUACGGAAUGAAUUGAAAAUGCGUAUUUUACUAAAUUACAACAAAUGAAAUUAAAUUCAAAUUGUAGAAUAUUGUAUGUUUUUGAAAAGAACUAAUGAUUUUAGUUUUGUAUGGUUGCAUUCAGAAGUUUCUAGUUAGUUUUUUUGAUUUCUCUUACAGUAGUGAAGCGUUCUCUCCUUGCUAAAAGUCCAUAAUAGCUCAACUGUAGCACUACAAAGUUUAAUAAUCUCAUUUUUAAUAAAGAAAUAUGUGUAAAGACAAAA